AUGGAAUACUACAAAGAUUUGAAGAUAAGAAACUUCGAUUUUGUAUAUGAGGAAGGAAAUGUAGAACGUCAGAUCCAGAACGAAUAUGAUUUUAACACCUUUAUAUCUGAACGUGAACUUGAUGGUAAUAACUAUAUACUUGAUUCAUUAAAAGUUGUAGAAAAUGAUAAAAAGUCUUUUAGUGCUUGGGAUAUCAAGGAAGUGUUUAGUGAGAUUUUACAAAAGAAUUAUAUUUCUCUUGAGAAAAUGCUAAGUUUAGACAUGAAGACCCUACCUCCAUUAGAACACGAAUUUUCUAAAAAUGAAUUAGAAAUUUUUGUGUGGGAACUUCAAAAAAACCUUGAAGCAUUCAAUAAAGCAGCCUUUACUAAUGAGAUGACAAGUCGUAUAUACAUUAAUCCCUUCAUGACAACUGCAGUUCGACAUGUGAAAAUAUCUAUGAAUAAGCCAUUACAGUUGAGUGUGAAAGUAGCGCUAGACGGAACUCGUGAUUAUGGACCCCUAGACUACUUAGUGAAACUCACUCAAAUUUUGAUUUUAUUAGUUGUAGCAAAAUCAGAUGAUCUAAAACAAGGAGCGGUACAGGCUUUUGUACAAGCGUACAUUGCAAUAGAAAAACUAUUUCGUGAAUUCAGUAAACCAAUAGUGUACGGAAUAGUUUCAACUGGAAAAUUAUGGAGAUUUUUCCGUUGGACGGGAUCAUUAAAUGAACCAGUAGUCCAUAUUAUACUUUUCGUCAAAAUGACAAAAUACUAA